CGGGGAACGCGGCCCCGACGGCGCAGAGCCCCGCACCGCCCCUUCAGCACCACGGACAGCGGCACCGGGAUCGGGGUGCGGUGUAAGAGCUGUGCGGGGUGCGGGACGAGAACGGGCACCGGAGAGAUGCGGGUCCCGAGGGGCCGCUCCCGGUCCCGGUGCGCUCCGAAUCCGCCGUCCCCCGUAGCCCCGCACCCCCCGCCCCCGCCCUGUGCGUCCCCGCCGCUGACGUCAGCCCCGCUCCGGGCCCCAUAUAAAGUCCCGAGCGCGGCUCCGGCUCAGCCCCGCGGGGACGGACGGAGCUCCGCGCAGCGCACGGCGCCCAGAGCUCGGAGCAGCGGUGCGGACGAGCCGAGAUGCGGCGGGCGCUGCUCACCGUUCUGCUGCUGCUGUGCCGCCCGUUCCCCGCCGCCCCCCGUCCCGCCCGCCCCGACGGCCUCGACGGCCCCGGCUCGGGAGUCCCCGCGGCGGAAGUGCGGACCGAAGCGCUGUGGCCGCCGCUGCCCGCAGAGCCGUGGAGGGCGCGGAGGGACGAGCCGCCGCUCUCCAUCGACCUCACGUUCCAUCUCCUGCGGCACCUCCUGCUGCUCGCCCGCGCCCAGAGCCAGCGCGCCCGCGCCGACAACAACCGCCGCAUCCUCGACGCCGUGGGACGCUGAGCCCCGCGCCGGGACCGCUCCGACGGGUGCGCGGCUGCCGGACCCCCCCCGGGACGGCUCCGCUCCGAUUUUGUAAUAAAACACUGCAGAAAAGCCGUAGUGCGGACCUGAGUGUGGGGAACCGUCUCCAUCUCCGCUGCGUCCCCACCUUGCCAUACUUGCAGCCCAUGGUAAGACCCUCCCCGAGCA